AUGACAGCUUCAACGGAUCACACCAAAACCAAGAACUCUACAGAGCACAUCGACACCAUCAGUAUCACAGAGCAUCCCAUCAAGCCUCAACAUGAAGAACUCGACAGGUUCGGUGCAUCUCUGGUAAAGAGUCCUGCCGAAAUCGCUCUGGUGAAGAAGCUGGAUCGAUGGAUGAUGCCAAUCCUUUGGUUGAUGUACUUUUUGAACUUCCUUGAUAGGAACGCAAUCGUUAACGCGAAGAUCGAUGACAUGGACAAAGACCUCAACCUUAAGGGGACGGAGUACAAUACCUGCGUCAGCAUCUUCUUCGUGGGCUAUCUGCUCGGACAGGUACCUGCGAACAUGCUCUUAAACCGGAUCCGACCUGCAUACUUCAUGAGCUUCUUCAUGAUGGCUUGGGCUAUCGUUUCUACGCUUAUGGCGAUCGUGAAGGACUAUAAAGGCAUGCUAGCUUGUCGUUUCAUUCUGGGCGUUGUUGAAGCACCGUUUUAUCCCGGAGGAGUUUAUCUGAUAUCUUUGUUCUACACAAGGAAAGAAAGUGCGACCAGGAUGUCAAUAUUCUAUACCGGCAAUCUGCUUGCCAGUUCGUUCUCCGGCUUAAUCGCAGCACCAAUAUUUUCAGGCAUGGAGGGCAAAAGCGGUCUUGAAGGCUGGCGAUGGCUCUUCAUUAUUCAGGGUUUGGUGACUGUCGGGGUUGCUGUCCUGGCCUUCUUCAUGCUGCCCAACACACCGCUCCAGACGCGAUGGCUCACCCAGGAGGAGCGAGAACUAGCACACAGCAGAAUUUCCUUCGAUACCACGGGCAAAAAGGACAAGCAAAGUGUUUGGAAGGGUCUUGCCGAAGCUUGCACCGAUUACCGCACCUGGGUGUUUGCACUCAUGCAGAACCUUCAUUUAUCCGCAAAUAGCUUUAAAAACUUCCUGCCCACCGUGGUCAAGACACUCGGCUUCAAUCGCACCGUAACACUGGUCCUAACUUGCCCACCGUAUCUGCUCGCUGUGUUCAUUUCUGUCGCAGUCUCGUGGUCGUCCGGACGAUUCAACGAGCGCACUUGGCAUAUCACUGUAUCGAAAGCCGUUGCGAUCGUUGGCUUUAUCAUCGGCACAGUCACACUAAACGUCGGCGCUCGAUACUUCGCGAUGGUUCUGUUUGUCGGUGCAACCUAUGGAGUCAACAACAUCAACCUGUCCUGGACUGCUUCUGUCCUCGGGCAGACGGAUGAGAAGAAAGCCGUCGCCGUUGCAAUUGUAAACACUCUGGGCAACCUUAGCUUCGUUUACACUCCGUACCUCUGGCCCGAUAACAGCCAGCCAAGAUUCUCAAUGGCUCUGUGGGCAAGUGUUGGCUUCUCUGCUGGUGUCAUCCUCUGCGCAUGGGGUUUGAGGUUUAUCCUGAUGAGGGACAACAGGAAGAUCCGCGCUCAGAACAACGAGGCCAUAAACUUCUACGUCUACUAG